AUGCCACCUACCUUAAACAAAUUUCAACAAAAUUCUUGUUCACAUUAUUCUCCAACUAAUUAUUCAACCCGUUAUCCUCUUAAAGAAAUUCAACAACAAACAAUAAUACAAACCAAUUCUUUGGAAGUUAUAGAUGAAUAUCCGAAUGUUUAUGUAACACGAUGUUUUAAAAUCAAGCAAGAAUAUAAUUACAAAGCUUGGUGCCAGGGCUAUUACCUAUCAUGUGUUAAGCAUACUCAACGAAGCUGUUAUCUGAUUCCCAACGGGUAUAUGGUUGGUGUAAAGAUUUAUGGUAUAGAUACUAUUGCUGAAACCCAGUAUGAUUGGUUGUUAGUUAGAUUACAAAAUGUAGAGUCAAAAAAACCAAAACCAUUUCAAUAUUUAGAUUCAGUUGUUUAUAUUUGCGAUGAGUUUUUAAUUACACAUAAUGGAUAUCAUCAACUUGCUGCUAUUGUGUCUGAUAUAGAACUUCAAGUAGGCUCUUUAAUACCAAAUGGCACUUAUCAAUCUUUUAAAGACACUUUACAUGUUAUAGUUUCUAAAUUGGCAUAUAAUGAUUCACUAGUUCUACAAAUAGAAGGCAUUAUUCAUAUUAAAUUAAGUGGAGAUGGCCAACAAGUUGGUAAACAUCAUAAUCAUAUAAUGUUUACUGCUUGUAUACUAAAUAAACAUGAUGCAGUUUUAAGUCCAUUGAACUAG